AUUUAAAAAAUUGCUUAACACAGAACCUGACUGAGGACAAGACCUAAGUGUGCUCUCUCAUUAAAAGGUUGUAAAAAUGGAAGUGAUCUCCACAUCAGUUGGCAAGUUUACCAUUGAUCUUUUCAACAAGCUAAAUGAGACCAACAAGGGAAAAAAUAUUUUUUUCUCCCCUUGGAGCAUAUCAGCUGCUCUGGCUCUGACAUACCUGGGAGCAAAAGGAACUACAGCAACUGAGAUGGCAGAGGUCCUUCAUUUCACCCUGGGAGCAGCAGCUGAGGCUUCUUCUGUGGCCAGACCUUCUCGGGGGAGACCAAAGAGAAGAAAAUUGGAUCCUGAGAACAAGAAAGCUGCAGAUAUCCAUUCUGGCUUCAAGAAGCUCCUGACUGCCAUCAACAAACCCAGGAGCACCUACUCCCUGAAAAGUGCCAAUCGUAUUUACGUGGAAAAAAACUUCCUAUUAUUGCCUACAUACAUACAGCUCAGUAAGAACUACUACAAAGCAGAGCCACAGAAGGUUAACUUUAGGACAGCACCAGAACAGUCAGGAAAGGAAAUCAACACUUGGGUUGAAAAACAAACUGAGGGCAAAAUCAAGAAUUUGCUGGGUCCACAAGAUGUGACAAACUCCACCACAUUGAUCCUGAUAAAUGCCAUUUACUUCAAGGCAGAAUGGGAAGUGAAAUUCAAAGCAGAAGAUACAGAGCUGCAACCCUUCCGACUGAGCAAGAACAAGACUAAGCCUGUAAAGAUGAUGUACAUGAGAAAAAUAUUUCCAGUUCUCAUCAUGGAAACAAUGAAUUUCAAAAUGAUUGAGCUGCCAUAUGUGAAACGCGAACUCAGUAUGUUCAUCCUCCUUCCUGAUGACAUCAAAGACAACACUACGGGUCUUGAACAGCUGGAAAAAGAACUGACGUAUGAGAAGCUGUCCGAAUGGGCUGAUUCCAAGAAGAUGACCGAGAUUCUUGUGGAUCUGUACCUACCUAAAUUCAAAAUGGAAGAGAGAUAUGACCUCAGCGAUAAUCUGAUCAGGAUGGGAAUGCGCAGUGCCUUCGGCAGCAAUGCUGAUUUCAGUGGAAUGACUGAGAGGGAUAAAGUGAUGAUCUCCAAAGUUUUUCACAAGUCUUUUGUUGCAGUUGAUGAGAAGGGCACUGAGGCAGCUGCUGCUACUGCUGUCAUUAUAGAACUAACAAGUGCCUAUGUUAGCCAUGCUCUGAAAUUUAGGGUUGACCAUCCUUUCUGCUUCUUCAUCAGACACAACAAGUCCAAGAGCAUCCUUUUUUUUGGUAGAUUCUGCUGUGUACCAAUGGAACCUCUCUCAGUGUCAACCAACAGAUUCACUCUGGACCUUUACAAAAGGCUGAAUGAAACUUCCAAAGGCCAAAACAUUUUCUUUUCUCCUUGGAGUAUUGCAACUGCUCUUUCCAUGGUCUACCUGGGCGCAAAAGGUGACACCGCAACCCAGAUGGCUGAGGUUCUUCAUUUUAACCAGACUGCAAGAGAAGAAGGGUCAUCUGAGACAACAAGGCCUUCUUCAGCAAGACCAAAGAAAAGAAAGAUGGAUCCUGAGCAUGAGGGAGCAGAAAACAUCCACUCUGGCUUCAAAAAGCUCCUGUCUGACAUCAACAAACGCAGAAACACUUUCUUGCUGAAGAGUGCCAACCGACUGUAUGAGGAAAAGACCUACCGAUUAUUGCCUGAGUUCUUACAACUCAUUACAAGAUAUUACAAUGCAAAGCCCCAAGCUGUAAACUUUAAGAGAGCUGCAGAACAAGUCAGAGCCCAAAUCAAUUCAUGGGUAGAAAAUCAAACUGAGAGGAAAAUACAGAGUCUGCUGCCUGCAGGGUCUCUUCAUUCUCGCACUGUGAUGGUCUUAGUAAAUGCCAUUUAUUUCAAAGGAACAUGGGAAAAGAAAUUUCUGGAGAAAAAUACUUCUGAGAUGCCCUUCAGAAUAAGCAAGACCAAGACUAAACCAGUACAGAUGAUGUUUUUGAAAGAUAAAUUUUUCAUACUCCAUGAAGCCACCAUGAAAUUCAGAAUCAUUGAGCUGCCAUAUGUGGAAAAUGAACUCAGCAUGUUUGUUCUCCUACCCGAUGACAUCAGUGAUAACGCUACUGGCCUGGAGAUGGUGGAAAGAGAGCUGACAUAUGAGAAAUUGGCUGAAUGGACCAAAUCAUCCAAUAUGAUGAAAGCUGACGUGGAUCUAUACCUGCCCAAGCUGAAGGUGGAAGAGAAUUACGACCUUAAAUCCCCUCUGAGCAGCAUGGGGAUACAAAAUGCUUUUGACCCACGCCAGGCUGAUUUCACAGGGAUGUCAGUGAAGAAGGAUCUUUUCAUCUCACAAGUUAUUCACAAAGCUUUUGUGGAGGUCAAUGAAGAAGGUACCGAGGCAGCAGCUGCCACAGGUGUCUUGAUGAUGAGAUCAAGAGUCCCAACAAUGACUUUCAAAGCUGACCACCCUUUUCUUUUCUUCAUCAGACAUAACAAAUCACAAACCAUCCUCUUCUUUGGCAGGUUUUGCUCACCCUAG